GCGCAGUUUCAAACGACGACACGAGUCAGCAUGAUUGCUGAUGUCUGAUAAGAGAUCUACAAUCAGGUGUGGUGUGAAGAUCGUGGGUCAGUUUUCCGGACCGUUACUCAUGUGUACUUGUCAACAUGGCACGGAUCUGUUGGAGUCAGCUAGUCGUCUAUAUCCUCACCGUACAGUCAGUUUCCUUUACUUGUGGAUUUUUGUUAGACAAUGAGCAGGGUUUAAAUUCCAGUGCACUCCCUGGAAAUACGACAGGCACUGAGGUCCCUGAUUACAUCAACAAGACAGUGUGCUAUGACAAGCUCGGCUGUUUCAGCAAUAUUCCGCCUUUUGACAACGGGGCCUCCCUGUUGCCCCUCUCCCCAAACGAACUAAACACCACCUUCAUUCUGAUCACCCGGAGUGCCCUAGAUGGGGAAGAACUCGACUACCUGUCAGAUGUCAGUACAACAACAUCUACAUUCAACCCUGCCAAACAGACUCGGAUUGUUGCUCAUGGUUUUACCCAGAAUUCCUCUAUUUACUGGAUGCAAAAUAUGAAGGACGCCUUCUUGAAGAGGGCUGACGAGAACGUGAUUUUGGUGGACUGGGGGAAUGGAGCGGCUUUCCCUAACUACCCUCAGGCUGUAGCUAACGUGCGGAUGGUCGGGGCACAACUCUAUCUUCUGAUAAAGAAGCUUGUAAAGGCAGGGACUACCCUUCAUAACGUCCACUGUAUCGGCCACAGCCUGGGAGCGCACAUGUGUGGCCACACCGGGACUUUGUUAGAGGGCAAACUCAGGAGAAUUACAGGUCUUGAGGUAGCAGGCCCUGAGUACGAAAACUUGGAUCCUGUGGUUCGGCUAGACGUCACUGAUGCCAAGUUCGUUGACGCCGUCCACUCCAAUGCUGCCCCGAUUUUUCUCGGCGGUCUAGGAAUGCCAGAACCCGUCGGUCAUGUUGAUUUCUACCUAAAUGGCGGGCAGACACAGCCAGGGUGUCCUUCUAUAACAAGUGCUCUGGGUAAACUUCUGGAAAGUGCAGGCCUGCAAGGCCGUCGUGACAUCAGCUGCAGUCAUAGUCGGGCACAUGAGGUGUUUGUGGAAUCUAUCGGCACCAGCUGUCCAUACACUGCCUACCCGUGCAAGAACUCGGAAGACUUUGAAAACGGAAAAUGUACGAGUUGCGGUAGGCGUGGGUGCUCUCAGCUAGGCCUGAAGUCCGAACUACAUGCCGCACGAGGAAAGAUGUACGUGGAUACCUUAGCUGCAGAACCCUACUGUGGUUAUCAUUACUUCGUGAAAUUGGAGACGAAUGGGACGGACACUAAAGGCAAAGUGAUGAUUCAGCUGAAGGGAUCUCGUGGGGACAGUCAAUGGAUGAUGGCUACGAGAUAUGAUGACGACACACUGACGCCAGAAAAGCCUAUUCGUCGCGCAGUGAUCUCUAACAAAGACGUGGGUGUCGUUCGCUCCGUGAAGAUACACUACUUUCAGACACAUGGUUUCUGGUUUUUCGGAGGAAAGGAAACGUGGGAAUGGAAGGAGGUUGAAGUGGUCUCCGGCGUCACCCACAAACGGGUAGCUGUGUGUUCGGAUGGGACGGCCUUGAGGGAUGGAGUAGUGAUCGAGAAACCAGCUGAUUGUUAACUUCAGCGUUGAUAAGGCUUAAUAAACAUUUACUCCACACUGGUACCUCUUAUAGCCCAGUGCACAUCUUCUAUGACAGCGUGUGACU